AUUUGCGCCAUAAAAGGCGAUGCAAUCGGCCCUUGAUCAAUCAAGCACGAUGAGGACGAACACUCUCCUGCUGUUCUCCCUUCUCCUCCUCUCCACCGCCGUCGCCGUCCGCGACCUCGGAGGGAAUGAUAUGCCAUCCGACAAGGACGCGGUGGGCACCGAGAGCUACAUCCCCGGCUUCGGGUCCGACCCCGGGUUCUACGGCGGCAACGCAAACGGCGGUGGGUACAGCUUUCCAGGGUUCGGCGGCGGCAGAGGCGGCUGGGGAGCAGGCGCGGGCGGCGGUUGGGGCGGUGGCUACGGAGGGCCCGGCGGAGGGUACGCCCGCGACGGCGUGGUGGCGCCCUCGGUGGUGUGCGCAGACAGGGGGCCGUGCUACAAGAAGAAGCUAACGUGCCCAGCCAAAUGCUUCACGUCGUACAGCUACUCCGGCAAGGGGUACGGCGGCGGAGGUGGCGGCGGCGGGUGCACGAUGGACUGCAAGAAGAACUGCGUCGCCUACUGUUGAAGGGCGGCACGCACACGCUAGACGGACCCUCUUUUCACUAUGAUGCAGUAACUAAUAUAUUUAUAGCUUAAUAGAUCAUGUAACAAAGAGGGCUUUAACUAUGUUGUGGUGUGAAAGAAAAAAAAAAUAAAAAAUCUCUACUGGCGUGUAAUCUCUUUCACUUGCGUGUUAUUUUACUCGUUUGCUUUUGAUCUA